CAGUGAGUCAGUGAGAUCACGCGGCGACACGCUAAAUAUAAUUGACACGAGCGUGUGCAAAAUGACAACGAGAGCACGAGCGGUCGACCCGACAAGGAGGAAGAGAGAAGAAGAGGGAGAGAGAAAGAAAGAGUCCGCGCGCGAAUCGCUGACGAUCGAUUACCGCGUAAUUCCUCGUCGAACGCGGUGGCAGAGCUUCGUCGGGAUGAGCGAAACGCGCGCGAGAUCGCACGCGGAAUCGCUACGCUCGCACGCAACGCUCCGCUAAAUAUAGCGCGGACUCGCGAUUAUUUCGGUGUUCCUGUUGCCGCCGCCACCGUCGUCGCCGUCGUCGUCGCGAAUUCUCGCAGCUGCGAUUCCUCCGUUCGUCCGUCCGUCCGUCCGUCCGUUCGCGAGUGAUAUCGAGAGGAUUUUGAGGCCAAACGCAGAAAGAAAGAGAGAGACAGAGAGAUAGAGGAUGAUCUCUCGAGAGCAGGCCGCAGUGAAUCGAGCGAGUCGCGCGGCGAGAAAUAAUUCCGCAUGGUUUGUCAUUGUCGAAACGCGGGAUUGUUUUACGUUCAACUCAAGAAGGGGAAGGCAAUUGUCAGCGGAUUAAUAACCCAUGAGAAUGCAAUGUCAUUGGUCAACGGCGAGGGAGACGAGACACGGAAGAAAACGGGCGAGUGGGCGAGGAAGAGGACGCAUGCGGCUGGACGCUGUUUUCGAGCCCGAAAUAGGACCCACGCACAACCGCAGCCAUGUUUCCAGAAAUAAGUUCUCCGGUUACAGAAUCUAUUUCCGGUGCGCGGGCCGCCGACCGGUGGUGCCCGGUUGCACGGCGAUCGGUGACGUAUUCGGCUGCAGGUGCAAUCUCGCGUACUGCAUAGGAAUAUCUGAUACGCGGCGGUAUCUGGUUUUGGUGUUCGGGAAAAAGAUUUCAGUGUCGGCCGUAACGAUGAUCAGCCGGAGUGACGUCAGUGACUGCGAUGCGAUCGAUUAUGGUUCACGUAACGAGCGUAUUCUGAUCAUACUGUGCGAGCGUACCGUGUAACGCGAUUAGGUGAAUUGUGCAAGUUGUAAUUUGCCUUGUAAUUUUGGGACAAAUUCGUCGGACAUCCUCACCUUAUCUUCCAGCCCAACGCAGAUUAUGUUGUCAAAAAAUAAGAAACAUCACACUUCAGAAAAAUUAUAAAUAAUUAUUGUAACAAAAAACCGAAAA